CGCACCUCCAGUUUACACCAUGAACUCGUGCCGGUAGCAGUCACCGACGGCCACCAUGUCGCGCCUCCUGGUGCCCGCUCUGGCCCUGUGCCUCGCCUGGAGCUCCGCGACGCAUGCCCGCUCUCCGCUCAAUGCCACGGGUCAACGGCAGUUUAUUCCCGUGGCGGUAUCCCGGCCUGAUGCCGAUCAUGUUGCCAAGUUAGGGUUAAAUCAGGACGUGUCUUUGGUGAGCGAUAAUGUUCCUCGGUACGUGAGCAACUCAGGCACUGACUUUUCUCAAAGCAGUCUCUUCCAGAGUGACUAUCAGAUGCUGAUAACAGAAAGCGAGCCCUCGGAUGAAACGCAAGACAAUGAUUCCACAAAGACGGAACCCUCAAAAGAGGCACCCGCGAAGUGCCUGCCUCCCGAGUCGUGGACCGACGACGGGGACGGCCCCGAGAACGACCAGUCGGACCUGAGCGAGGUCGUGGACAAGAUCCUUGAGCACGUGGUCCCGGGGGAGGACUCGGACCCCGAGAGCAUCCGCGCCCGCGCCGUCGCCGCCCAGACAGGCCUCGGGAAGGAGCAUCCCAUCCUGGUGGCGAUCCGGGGCGAGAUGGUGGGGGACAUGGCCGAGGACCUGCACCCUCCCGAGGCGGAUCAGGAGGAGGCGCUGAACCUCGAGGAUGCCUCCGAGCCGGUCCUCACACCGGAGACGGACGGAGAGCCGGAAAAUACGACGCAGGUGACCGUGGAGGAGGGGGCGCGGAUCCGGCUCGUGUGCAACGUGACGGGGGUCCAGCACUACUGGGUGGAGUGGCGUCGGGCGGCCAACCUGACCUUCCCCGGGGGCGCCGUCGUCGUGGGCGGCCGCUCCGUCCUGCUGGACUACGUGGGGCGAGAGGACGCCGGCCUCUACUCGUGCACCGCCAAGACCACCCUCGGACACACGCACUCAAACAACGUCACUAUACACGUGCACUAUGCGCCCGUUGUGGGCCUGUGGGCACGAGACACGGGUGUGGGCGAGGUGGAACUUGGAUGCCUCGCAGAAGGCCGGCCGCGCCCCACCAUCAGCUGGUACAUCAACAACACCCGUAUUCACUCUAACGGCUGCAACAGGAAUGUGACCAUAACGACCACUGUCCUGUCUCCGAGCUUCCUGCUUUCCGUGGCUCUCAUCCACAACGUGAGUUCUUCGGACUACGGCUACUACCACUGUCGCGCCGUCAACAUGCAGGGGUCAACGCGAGGAUUCAUAAUGCUGCACGAUGGCACUGGGCAGCUGGAUGCAGAACAGCUGAGGAAAGUACACAAGGAGGAGUACGUGACCCCAGUGGAGAACCCACGCCUCGCCUCCUUCAUGCUGGGGAUGGUGCCGCCCCUCUACAUCGCCCUGUACAUCAUAGCCUACCUCGGCUGCUACAAGACCUCGGUGUCGGGCGUUCCCGGGGCCCAUGGCAGGUUCGGGGCCAGCUACGACGUGGAGUAAUGAAGCGAACGGCAAGAGCUAAAUGAUAUAUAGGACAUUGAGAAUGCGAGUGAUCUGCGAGAGCAUUUUGAGUCUAAAAAUGCUUGCGUCUUCAGCAGAUUUAAAAAUUUAGAAAGGAAAAUGGUGUUUUGGUUGCUGUGUAAAACGGGUGAUGCGAAGUUGCUGUUAAGUUAACAGUGAUACAUGUGGUACUUCUGAAACUGCACAGACAACACUAGUGACGAAACUCAUUCCGAGGAAAUUAAUACAUAAAAAAGUGCUAAGGGUGUUCUGUUCAGUUUCCUUGCGAGUUACAAAAGAACUAUGCAAAAUAUUUACAGGGAUUUUAUAUGCUAAUCCACAAACUAUGUUUUAAAUAAAGUUAAGUCUUAGACUGUCCUAAAAGGUUGUUGGCAUAUUGCUAAAUAAUCUCAAUAACUUUGACAUGCAUUUCACCCUCAUUUUUCUUAUUCAAGUCUCAAAGACGUGUUAUAGAUAUAAGUUGUAUAAUAAUAAAAAUACACUAUAUAAAGAAA